AUGGGAGCAGUAGAGGUUCUAACUGACCCAUCGAGCCUAUAUGAGGCGGACUAUGUGGGCAACGUUGAUGUAUCUGACACGGAUAUGAUGCAAUACGUGAGAAAUGCCCUUGCAUCUGUCAAAACAGGGGAAUCAGACCGUUACGAUGAUCUUGUUAGAGCUCUUCAGAUCAAAAACGUUUCUGAUCCUGAUGCAGGGGCACAGCUUGAGAUAGUCUUGAAGGCUCUAUCAAGCUCCGUGGCUUGCAUAGAUGUCAUUCACCAUCGGAAGCUUCUUUCUUCGAUUUUUGGAAUGUCGUUGUGGGAUCAUAAACCUUAUAUCAUGGAUGCAUUGGUCGGCCUACUCAUAUCACUGGCUGUCAGUAGUGGAAAGUAUCUGGACUCUUGUCUCAAUAUGCUCAUAAGCAACUUCCUUCCACCGAGUUGGGUAAUAAGUAAACUUGCGGUCGCCAACCCCCGUGUAGUCAACAAGAAGACAGAAGUUCUCUCUAGGGUUCAUGAGGCCUUUCUGAAAAUAUCUCUUUUGUUUCCUCUUGCUCCCUCGAGAUUAUUCCCCAUGCUCGCCCAGAGAAUGCCCAAGAUAAACAAAAAGGACCAUGUGAUAGUGAUGUAUGUGGAGAACUUAUUGAAGUUGGAGAAUAGCGUAAUCGGCCAAGUUGGUGGCCGCAUGAUUCUUAUGAUGGUGAUGGAGAGGCUGCGAGACUUGGAUUUGGAGAUUGGAUGGGAUGAUAUUCCUCAAGAUGACUCUAGUAGAGGCAUGUUUGAUAUGGAACUUGAAGAUGCUGCUGAAGCCACUAUGGAUGAAGGAGACGAGCUUCCAGUGGGAUCUCUAAAUCAGGAUACAUCAAUUUCUGACUGUUUGGACAAAUUGAUGAUCAAAUCAUUUGACCAUCUUGAAUCCUGUCAAAAUGCUGGUCGUUUGGAUCAGGUGUUUGAAAACCUCUUCGAGUCAUUUGAGAACUUCAUCUUGAAUACAUACAAAUCAAAAGUUUCCCAGUUUCUGCUGUUCUUUGCAUGUUCACUGGAUCCUGAGAAUUGUGGUGUGAAAUUUGCGAGUAAGCUACUAGACAUUUUUCUCUCCAGCAACAAGCCUCGACCUACUAGGCAAUCUGUUGCAACACUGAUUCUGUUGUGUCUAAAAAAAUUUAGGUUGGUAGAUGAGUGUGCGGAUUACUGCAGAACUUGCAAUAAUGAUAUUAGGCCUGAAGCACAUCAGAUUUUCUACUCCGGAUGCCAGGCGAUCAUGUACGUGCUCUGCUUCCGGAUGAGAUCUAUCCUGGAUGUUCCUCGCUUUCGGUCUCAGCUUAUACCAUUGGAGUCAAUUCUAAUGCACAAACUAAACCCAUUGAUGGUAUGCCUUCCAUCCGUAGUUGCAGAGUUCCUCAGACAAGCUAAAACAGGUGGCCUGUUCAUCGUGUCAGGCUCCUACAUUUUCGAAGACCUACUUGAAUCUGAGCUUUCCCGUGCUUUUGGCGGUUGCGAGAGGCUUGAUACAUUCUUCCCCUUUGACCCUUGCAUGCUGAAAGAGUCUAACAGGUUCGCUCUCUUUCAAACUCUUGCACUGUUUUGUUUUGCUGUUCUCGAAUGA